CGUGAUAGUAUACGCCAAGAAUCUGAAGUCAGGGCAGAUUCGAGUGUGCCCGCCUGUGCGGCGUGUGCUUCCAAGGAUAUCACUUGUGCCCCUUGCCUCCCAGGCUCUCAAUUCCCACCCUCUAAAUCUGUCCACUCCCACCGCCACUCCCCCUCUGCCGCUGCCGGAAAUUCAUGUUAACUAUUUUUUUUGGUGCGUCUACAUCAGAAUCUCAUAAGGGAUCUGCAGCUAUUUUUGGUAAACAUUAGCUCAUGUAUGUUAGUAUACUGUGUUCAUGUGGAGAAAUGCAAUUGCCUGCAGUCAAUUUGUCAGUUUAUUGAGACAUCCAACUUGCAUGAGUUGAUCAACAAGCCCAUCCCUGGUUCCUUAUGGAGGCAUCAUCUUCCUUGCGCUUCCAAGUUUCUCGUUUUAGUUCGUUCAAGAUAUGGCUAUGCCUUUUUCUGGUACUCGUUCUUCAGAACUGCAGCCCAGCACUUUCAGAUUCACCAUAUUUGGUCGGUAUGGGGAGCUAUGACAUAACAGGGCCAGCAGCAGACGUUAACAUGAUGGGAUAUGCAAAUGCUGAGCAGAUUGCAUCAGGAAUUCACUUUAGGCUAAAGGCUCGUGCCUUUAUCGUUGCUGAGCCUAACGGCAAGCGUGUCGUGUUUGUAAAUCUUGAUGCUUGCAUGGCAUCACAGCUUGUUACUAUAAAGGUGCUUGAAAGACUUAAAGCAAGGUAUGGAGAUCUUUAUAAUGAGAAUAAUGUGGCUAUCAGUGGAAUCCAUACGCAUGCUGGUCCUGGUGGUUAUCUGCAGUAUGUAGUUUAUAUUGUUACAUCACUUGGGUUUGUUCGCCAAUCAUUUGAUGUGAUUGUCAAUGGAAUUGAGCAAUGCAUUGUUGAAGCUCACAACAAUCUCCACCCUGGGAAAAUCUAUGUGAACAAAGGUGACCUCCUUGAUGCCAGUGUGAAUCGCAGCCCAAGUGCAUAUCUAAAUAACCCCGCUGAAGAGAGAGGCAAGUAUAAGUACAAUGUUGAUAAAGAAAUGACCCUCAUCAAGUUUGUAGAUGAUGAGUCUGGUCCGAUUGGGAGUUUCAAUUGGUUUGCAACUCAUGGAACAUCUAUGAGUCGUACAAAUUCUUUGAUAAGUGGUGAUAACAAAGGAGCAGCCGCACGUUUCAUGGAAGAUUGGGCAGAACAAAAUGGCAUUCCAAAACAGGCAGCUCAUGUAAAUCACGAUGGUUUGGAAUCUUCACACAUGACCUCUCGACUUCCGAGAAGAGUCUCCCCAAUAAUUCCUGAACCAAAUGAGAUAACUGAUGACUUAGUACAAUUGGCGUCAUCCUACGAAGCCUCAGGUGGACGGCGAUUAUCAAGUUCAAGUAUCACCAAGCGUAUCAGAAGUACCCAACAAAACAGACCUAAAUUUGUUUCUGCAUUCUGCCAGUCAAAUUGUGGUGAUGUUAGUCCAAAUGUCCUGGGAACUUUCUGUAUAGACACUGGCCUUCCUUGUGACUUCAAUCACAGCACAUGCAAUGGGAAGAAUGAAUUAUGCUAUGGACGAGGGCCAGGAUAUCCUGAUGAAUUUGAAAGUACCCAUAUCAUUGGCAAUAGGCAAUUUCAAAAGGCUGUAGAUCUUUUUAGUUCAGCUUCUGAAGAAAUACAAGGCAAAAUUGACUACAGGCAUACUUACCUAGAUUUCUCAAAACUUGAAGUGAAUGUCCGUACAAGUACAGGAAGUCAGCAAGUUGUGAAAACAUGCCCAGCAGCCAUGGGGUUUGCCUUUGCUGCUGGAACCACAGAUGGUCCUGGAGCUUUUGACUUUAAACAAGGAGAUGUCAAGGGAAACCCUUUCUGGAGAUUAGUAAGAAACUUACUUAAGACACCAGGGAAGGAGCAAGUCGAAUGUCAAGCACCAAAACCUAUCUUGCUAGACACUGGUGAAAUGAAGGAACCAUAUGAUUGGGCGCCUGCAAUUCUUCCAAUUCAGAUCAUAAGAAUCGGCCAGCUGGCUAUCUUGUGUGUCCCUGGAGAAUUCACAACAAUGGCUGGCAGGAGGCUACGUGAUGCCGUCAAAGCUGUACUUACAAGUGACAACAGUGGUGAAUUUAAUAACAUUCAUGUUGUUCUUGCGGGGCUAACAAAUACAUAUUCGCAGUAUAUUACAACUUUUGAAGAAUAUGAGAUCCAAAGAUACGAGGGAGCAUCGACGUUGUAUGGCCCCCACACGUUGAGCGCCUACAUUCAGGAGUUCCAGAAACUUGCUACAGCCAUGGUGGCAAACAAAGAGGUCCCGACAAAUUUUCAGCCCCCAGACAUGUUGGACAAGCAAAUAGGACUCCUCCCAGGCGUUGUGUUCGACUCCACACCUCCUGGGGUGGAGUUCGGAGAUGUCAGCUCAGACGUCCCCGCAAGCUCAACUUUCAGGAAGGGCAGUGUCGUGAACGCUACAUUCUACUCGGCGUGCCCGAGGAAUGACCUUCUCACGGACGGCACGUUCGCGCUCGUUGAGAAGCUGGACGGCAGCAACAGCUGGGUUCCUGCCUACGACGACGACGACUGGUCACUACGCUUCAAGUGGUCGAGACCGUCGAAGCUGAGCCCGAGAAGCUUUGCGACGCUGGAAUGGACCGUUCCUGGAGACGCCCCGUCGGGCGUUUAUAGGUUGAGGCAUUUUGGUGCCUCCAAACCACUGAUUGGGUCCAUCAAACAUUUUACAGGGACCUCUCGGGCGUUCGCAGUGCGUUAGGUUGCACACCGUUGCGUUGCGUUCGACGGCACACCUGUCAGAGAAUCGACACCGGGUCAUAUAUUUACUUUGCAUACCUGCCACAGUAUAUGGACAUGUUUUCCCUAUAGUUUUUACAUGCUCCUGAUAUUAAUAACGCUGUCCAUCGCCCGUUCUGUUUGGUCAUGACAAAUACCCAAAUCGCCAUAUAGCUACAGACUCGAUGUGUGUGAAAUUUCUAUAUAUUAAAGCAGGAAAGAAAUCUGUUCUCAGAUUCA